GCCACACCAUGACGACCAUCGUGCCGCGCGCAACCUCGCCGAGCUUGCCGAGCGUCGUGCUGCACGCCAUUCUCGAGGCCACUGCGCACGGAACGGACGUCGUCGCCUUGCUCAACGCGCUACCUGUAGCAACGCUGUCGCCCGAACUCGCCGCACUCCGCGACCUCGGCGCCGUCGUCGACCUCGCCAAGCACUUGAGUUACACGGUGCUCGGCAGAGAAGGCGUCGUGGCACUGGCGCGGGCGUUGCCUGCGUGGAUGGCGCGCGGCCUCAAGACACUUCAGCUGAGUGGGACGGGGCUCAAUGACAAGGAUGCACUCGUCCUUGCUGUCGCUCUCGUGCCGAACCGCAAUCAACGGCCGCUCACGAUCGACUUGACCGCCAACGGCAGGCUGACGAUCGCAUCGGCGCCCGUGCUAUUGACGACGCUAAGUGCGUGCUAUGACGUCACAUUGCUUUUGAACUAAUCGUUUGCGUUGCCGGCUGGCGACCAACGCAAUCGGGACGAAGGCGCUCUGCAACAGCUCGUAAGCGAACACAAUCUCCAGUACCUUGCGCCGGGCACGUUCAUGUCGCCGACGCGCACGACGUCAUCGUGGCAGUUGAUUUAACGGAACAAAAGGUAGGUAUGAUUAACAUAUAUAUUAGCGCUCGUUCAGUGUCCCCCGCAUCAGAAUCUACAUCUCGUUAGCCUACGGU